AAUGCGCCGGGCGCGAGCUCACCUGGGCCCUCAGCGGCGUUUCCCGGAUUCCUCAAGCUCCGCGCUUGAGCCGCGGAGUUGUGGUACCUGCGGCCAGUCCCGGAGGCCCGCCGAUCUCGUCAACCCCCGACAGAGUCCGGCAUCCCCUCCGCGCGCGUCUGGGCAGUUCGGAGCUUACUACCAUGAAGCCAGCGAGGACUAAGACACCCAGGAAACCACCAGUGAAAAAAGGAUCCCAAACGAGUCUUAAAGACCCAGUUGGGGUGUACUGCAGGGUACGCCCACUGAGCCUUCCUGAGCAAGAGUGUUGCAUAGAAGUAAUCAAUAAUACAACAGUUCAGCUUCAUACUCCUGAGGGUUACAGACUGAACAGAAAUGGAGACUAUAAGGAGACUCAGUAUUCAUUUAAACAAGUAUUUGGCACUCAUACCACCCAAAAGGAGCUCUUUGAUGUUGUGGCUAAUCCCUUGGUAGAUGACCUCAUUCAUGGCAAAAAUGGUCUCCUUUUUACAUAUGGUGUGACGGGAAGCGGAAAAACUCACACUAUGACUGGUUCUCCAGGGGAAGGAGGGCUGCUUCCUCGCUGUUUGGACAUGCUUUUUAACAGUAUAGGGUCAUUUCAAGCUAAACGAUACGUUUUUAAAUCUAAUGAUAGGAAUAGUAUGGAUAUACAAUGUGAAGUUGAUGCUUUAUUAGAACGGCAGAAAAGAGAAGCCACACCCAAUCCAAAGACCCCCUCUAGCAAACGACAAGUAGAUCCAGAGUUUGCAGAUAUGAUAAAUGUACAAGAAUUUUGCAAAGCAGAAGAGGUUGAUGAAGAUAGUGUCUAUGGUGUAUUUGUCUCUUAUAUUGAAAUAUAUAAUAAUUACAUAUAUGAUCUACUGGAAGAGAUGCCAUUUGAUCCCAUAAAGCCUAAACCUCCACAAUCUAAACUGCUUCGUGAAGACAAGAACCAUAACAUGUACGUUGCAGGAUGUACGGAAGUAGAAGUGAAAUCUACUGAGGAGGCUUUUGAAGUUUUCUGGAGAGGCCAGAAAAAGCGACGAAUUGCUAACACACACUUGAAUCAUGAGUCCAGCCGUUCCCAUAGUGUGUUCAACAUUAAAUUAGUUCAGGCUCCCUUGGAUGCAGAUGGAGACAACGUCUUACAGGAAAAAGAACAAAUCACUAUUAGCCAGUUGUCUUUGGUAGAUCUUGCUGGAAGUGAAAGAACUAACCGGACAAAAGCAGAAGGGAACCGAUUACGUGAAGCUGGUAACAUUAACCAGUCACUUAUGACACUGCGGACAUGCAUGGAGGUCCUGAGAGAGAACCAGACUUACGGCACCAACAAGAUGGUUCCAUAUCGAGAUUCAAAGUUAACCCAUCUGUUCAAGAACUAUUUUGACGGGGAAGGGAAAGUACGCCUGAUUGUGUGUGUGAAUCCAAAGGCCGAAGAUUAUGAAGAAAGCUUGCAAGUAAUGAGAUUUGCAGAAGUGACCCAAGAAGUUGAAGUAGCAAGACCAACAGACAAGGCCAUAUGCGGUUUAACACCGGGGAGGCGAUACAGAAACCAGGCCCGGGCAGGUCCUGUUGGAGACGAACCGCUGGUUUCAGAAGUGGUUUUACAAAGUUUCCCACCUUUGCCAUCCUGCGAACUUCUGGAUGUCAAUGAUGAGCAGACUCUUCCCAGGCUGAUUGAAGCAUUAGAGAGACGACAUCACCUACGACAAAUGAUGAUUGAUGAGUUUAACAAGCAGUCUAUUAAUUUUAAGGCUUUGUUGCAAGAAUUUGACAAUGCUGUUUUAAAUAAAGAAAACUAUAUUCAAGGAAAACUAAAUGAAAAAGAAAAGGUGAUCUCAGGACAGAAACUGGAAAUAGAACGACUGGAGAAGAAAAACAAAACUUUAGAAUAUAAGGUUGAGAUUUUAGAGAAAACAACGACCAUCUAUGAGGAAGAUAAGCGAAAUCUGCAACAGGAGCUUGAAACCCAGAAUCAAAAACUUCAGCGACAGUUUUCUGACAAACGUAGACUAGAAGCCAGGCUGCAAGGCAUGGUGACAGAAACAACCAUGAAGUGGGAGAAAGAAUGCGAGCGUCGAGUGGCAGCCAAACAGCUGGAGAUGCAAAAUAAACUCUGGGUGAAAGACGAGAAGCUGAAACAGCUGAAGGCGAUCGUCACUGAGCCCAAAGCUGAAAAGCCAGAGAGACCCUCUCGGGAGCGGGAUCGCGAAAAAGUUACCCAAAGAUCUGUUUCUCCAUCACCUGUACCUCUUUCUAGUAACUAUAUUGCUCAGAUUUCCAACGGCCAGCAACUCAUGAGUCAACAGCUACAUAGGCGCUCUAACUCUUGCAGCAGCAUUUCUGUAGCUUCCUGUAUUUCGGAAUGGGAGCAGAAAAUUCCUCCGUACAACACACCUCUCAAUGUCACAUCUAUUGCGAGGCGUAGGCAGCAGGAGCCAGGACAAAGUAAAACUUGUAUCGUGUCAGACAGAAGGCGAGGGAUGUACUGGAAUGAAGGCAGGGAGGUGGUUUCUUCGUUCAGAAAUGAGCUAGGAGUAGAAGAGGAUCGCUGCAGCAGGAACGCACCACCAAUUCGUCUGCGACACAGACGCUCACGCUCUGCGGGAGACAGAUGGGUAGACCAUAAGCCUGCCACUAACCUGCAAACUGAGACAGUCAUGCAGCCACAUGUGCCCCGCGCCAUCACUGUGUCUGUUGCGAAUGAAAAGGCGCUAGCUAAGUGUGAAAAGUACAUGCUGACACACCAGGAACUAGCCUCCGAUGGGGAGGUUGAGACUAAGCUAAUUAAGGGUGAUGUUUAUAAAACAAGGGGUGGAGGACAGUCCGUCCAGUUUACUGAAAUAGAGACGUUAAAACAAGAAUCACCAACUAGUCGAAAACGAAGAUCGUCUACAGUAGCACCUGUCCAACCAGAUGGAACAGAGUCUGAAUGGACGGAUGUAGAAACAAGGUGCUCCGUGGCUGUGGAGAUGAGAGCAGGCUCUCAGCUGGGGCCUGGGUACCAGCACCACGCACAACCCAAGCGCAAGAAGCCAUGAAUUGACAGUUUCAAUAACAAAAGAACAUUUUCAUCAUUUGUGUUGGUGAUUUCUCCAAAGCAGUGCCUUCUGAAAACUUGUAAAACUCCAGCUUUGUUGAAAAUCACAGACCUCAUAUGUCAUCACACACUGGCCUCCAUCAGGGAUUCUCCCCUGUGGCUCCAAAGAUAUCUAGGAUUCUACAAACUUUUUAUAUUAUACACCUUGCCAUAUUUAAUAUUAAUAGCAGAGAAAGACCCCUCUUUCUCGUUGCUGUAUGAACUUUUUUAUAUUGCUGGGUUUUUUUGUAUAUUUCUUGUAUACUUAUAAACUAAUUCAUGCAUGUGUCUGUCUUGGAUGAUUAAGGAAAAAUAUAUCUAGAUCACGCUUUGCUUUUUAUGGUGACUUUUCCACCUGUUGUCUGAAUAUUUCUUAAGGAUUUAUAGACAAAACAAAUGCUGCUACUGAUUAGCUGCAAGGAUGCACUUUAGACAUAUAUUGGACAAUUCAGCCUGAGACGUCAGAGACUCGCCGAUACUAAAACCAGUUUAGGAAGGUGUUUGGAGUUUUGUAUGUAUAUACUUUCUGACAUUUAGAUAUGUCAAAAGAAAUGAAAUAAAAGCACUAAGAAAUACAA